AUGGUUAUUGGAUUACCUAAUAAGAAAUGUUUUUGUUGGAUUUGUUUAGACGAGUCAAGUUUUGAUUCUUCAUGGAUACGGCAUGAAUGCGGUUGUAAUUUGCAGUUACAUAAGAAAUGCUACAUGAAAUGGUUAUACAAUUUGAAUAAGAAGCAAAUGAAUGAACGGUUAUCUGUGUAUGAUCAAGGGGUUUCUUUGGAUUCUGAUUUGACUAGUAGGAUGUUUUAUUUGGUCGAUGGACAUUUAGAUUUUUGUAGGGAAUUGUCUACUGCUGAAAUAAUCACUUCUAUUCCUGUUGUUGGUGUUCCUUUAUUUUCUAUUUUAUGCAUACCGUUACUUACAGGUUUGACAACUUUUGGUAUCAAAUAUCUGGUGAAACUGAUUUUCAGUUAUGUACCUUUGAAACCUCCCAUAACUCAUGCAGAAUGUCCUCAAUGUAAAAAAUACAUUGAAACUCGUGCUAUUACUUUUAGGAGCAGGUCUAUCGUUUUAGAAUUGUAUUACCAGCUUAAACGUAUGAUUAGAACUGGUACUGUUUUAGUAGCGGUUACUUUAUCUACACUUAACCUUGGAAAGUGGUGGUUUAAACUAGGUCUAUGGCAACUACGUAAAAUAUUUCCUGAAGAUGUUCUAAGAGUACUACUAGACAUUAGUACUACCAAAGCGUUAGAUGUUUAUAGUGAGACAAUAAAUGGGUUGAUUAGCGUUCCAAAUAGUUCCAAGUUCUUGAUUUUUGGAUUCCCGUUAUAUCUGUUUAGUCUAACAGACAACUACUCGGUAUUAAAUAAAUGGAGAUGGUUAUGGUCAUUAGUAGCUACAAUAAGAGUUAGUUAUUAUGAUAGCUCAUCGAGUAGUGUCAUGUACAAUAUUUUCAGUUCAUUCAGCCUGUUGAUCUGGUCAUAUUCUAACUUUAUUUCACCAUUGGUCGAAUAUAAAUAUAAGGAAUUGGUGGCCAGGGCAAGUCCUUACUAUUUAGAUAGCAUAGCAAAAUACCAAGGUGAUAAUAAUCGUUCCCAAAGAUAUUCUGAUAUUCUAAUAAAGUCAAGCUGGUAUGACAAUUUAUUUGACUCUAUCAUUUGGCCAGUAUGUGGUAGUUUAUUAGGGAACAAAUUGCUAAGGUGUUUCUUAUGGUUGCGGAGAAAUAAAAUAAUAUCCUGGGAUCCUGAUAUGGCUCCAAAUCUAUUUUCCAUGCUAUGCAAGUUGGUUGGAUGUGCUGUAGUUGCCAUGUCAGCACAAGGUUUAAAAUACUAUAUGUCGUAUAAGAGAAUGAAAGAAUUAAGAGAGCUUCAAAGCAGUAUACUUGACACUAUGUAA